UUUUAUCCAUUUAGCCCACAGAAAGUUUAACGCACCAGCGUCUUACUAAAUUAUUUCUCAUCACAUAAAGAGUGGCCAUGGCUUCAGCCGAAAGUAUAAGAAUAGCUGGUAGGAGUGGUCUGAAGAAAACUGGAUCAUUUGCUUAAAGGCGACUAGGUGUUGAACGCGGAUCGUGGAUGAGUUGCAGCGGCACAGACCGCGAGCAGCGGACCGCAGACUCCGGAACUCCCGCGGAGAAGCUGCUGCGUCUGAAACGCUCGCUCACAUUUAUGCGGAGUAAAAGUGUGGAGAACUUCUUCCAGCGUUCACAGAGCGAUGCUUACCGACCGACAGAGCUCUUCUCUGGUGCCCUGCCUUCUUCCCCUGCCUCUGGUAACAGCAGUAAUGUUUUGCCCUCCCCCAGCAUCAGCUCUAGACCUGCUCCAUUCGGUGUGCAGCCACGACCAGCACAAACACACUCCUUCCUUGAGCAUGUGUUCCGUCGACCCACCAGCUGCAGUCUGUGCAAGCUCAUUAUUGCAGGCAACUCUAAACAGGGACUGCGUUGUAGAACGUGUAAGAUGGGAGCUCAUCUUUGGUGUCUCUCUGAAGUCUCAGAGAAACCAUGCCAAGGAAAGUCUGGCAUGUUCAAGAGGAACUUAAGCACACCUGUACUGACCAAUGAUCAGUUAUAUGCUGUGAAGACACCGGAGUCAAAGGCUCAGCUGGACCCUGUGUAUGCUACACUCCGCUUUGGAACUUCUCUGGCCAGCCGAUCUAGUGUUGGGAGUUUAUGUGAAUCUCCGAGCCAAAGCCUGGAUGAAGAGGAUGGUCAGCUGAAGGAUGAGUAUGUGUCCACUGAGCAGGAGAAACUGACUGAAAACCAGAGAAAGGAUACAGAUGUUUCACUUUCUGAGAACAAUAACUCUGAAAUGGAUGAGAUCUCCAAGGUUCCUAAAGUUCACCCAAUUCACACCUACGUGGCACUUUACAAGUUCCUCCCUCAGGAGCAAAAUGACUUAGAAUUACAUCCUGGUGACAGAGUUAUGGUGAUUGAUGACUCUAAUGAAGAAUGGUGGAAGGGAAAAUGUGGUGAUAGAGUUGGAUUAUUUCCAUCUAACUUUGUUCAGCGAGUGCGUCCAGGUGAACGUGUCUGGAAGGUGACACAAAGUGUCCAUGGCAGCAAAGACCUGGGCCACCUGACUGUUAAAGAGGCUCAGAUUUGUGUCGGUAAAAAUGAAGAAGCUGAUGGCUUUCUAAAGCUAAGCAGUGGUAAGAAGAGAGGUCUGGUCCCGACUGAUUCACUGGAGGAAAUAUAAUUUAUCACAGAAACCUUUUGUAUUAUGUCAAAUGCAUAAUAUUAGCUGCAUUAAAGGUCCCAUGUCAUACAUA